GCUCCCCUGCUGUCGUGGCGCCUUGCGGGAAGAAGUUGGUGUUUCUCCGGGCCCUGGUGCUGAGGACGCGGUCCGGGUGGCCCCUGGCCUCUUCAUACCCACCCCUCAGCCCGCCUUUUCCCCCGCUCAUCUGGCAGGAUGAGGCGUGCAGGCCUGGGUGAAGGAGUACCUCCUGGCAACUAUGGCAACUAUGGCUAUCCUAAUAGUGGAUAUAGUGCCUGUGAAGAAGAAAACGAGAGACUCACGGAAAGUCUAAGAAACAAAGUAACUGCUAUAAAAUCUCUUUCCAUUGAAAUAGGCCACGAAGUUAAACAUCAAAAUAAAUUAUUAGCUGAAAUGGAUUCACAGUUUGAUUCUACAACUGGAUUUCUAGGUAAAACUAUGGGAAAACUGAAGAUUUUAUCCAGAGGGAGCCAAACAAAGCUGCUGUGCUAUAUGAUGCUGUUUUCGUUGUUUGUCUUUUUUGUCAUUUAUUGGAUUAUUAAACUGAGGUGAUGCAAGUUAGUGUGAGUUUGGAAUUUGUUCCAACUUAACGGCUUGGAGUGCCACUUCAGUAAAAAAUCAGCAUCAGAACAUUCUUAAAUUUCAAAUAAUACUAUGGCUUUUUCCAUCAAAGAUUACUGAGUUUUACUUGUUUUAUAAAUCACAUUUGCUAAUACAGUGCUCUUUGAAUACUGUUUCUUAGUGAUUCAUUUUUUGCCCCUAUUUUCAGGGGUACUGAGGUGGUCCAAGGUCAGUCUGGCCCUAACAAUUUUUUUUUCCUGUUUUUGCUGUCGGAUUAAAUAGCAGUAUAAUAUUCUGUUGCUACCAUAAAUGUAGGUUUAUGUUCCACAUAAAGAAACUUAGUGGGAGAAUACAAUGCCUGGAGAGCCUGGUGCUGAGCUCUGGAGGUGGUGAGCAAGUUUGUGAUGGAUGGUAAAUGUCGUUUCCUGAACUGUCAUUGUCCCUGGUGAUGUACUCUCCUUUCCUCCUUUAUUUGGUUAACGUUGUAGGCUGAUUUCUUUUUACCUACAGUUUUCCUAAUAACGUUUGAUGAUAUGACCCUUCUGCCUAUGCCCAAGGACCUCAUUCUUUAAUAAAACUUGUUAUUUUGGCACAUUUCUAGUAGGGUCCAAAACAAAUGUGUACCAGUAUAGUUGUCAUUUUAUAUUAACUUUGUAUAUCUACCAUUGACUUGGCUUAUAAUAGUUUUAUGAUUUUAGCUACUUAGGCCAUUUGGUUAUCAUUUAUGAUAGGAUAAUGUGAAGCUGAAGUGAUUGCUAAGCUCUGAAUGGAAAUAAAAUGUUCAAGAAAAGUAAUUGCCUCUGCUCUAUUAUGUGCUCAAAAUAAAUAUUGGAAAUACUCAGGCAUUGAACUUGGGGUUAAGAGCACUGUUGCUUUCAUCCAGUGUAUUUGUUUAUAGAAAACAAAAUGCAAAAGUGGACUGCUGAAUAGAAAGAGAUAUUAAAAUGUGAAAUACUCUGUAUUGCUACUAUUUUGGAAUUUGUCCAUUUAUGGGCUCCAAAAAUAAAAUUUUUAAUGAAAUAUA